GGCGCACGAAGGUUUAGUCUCAUCACUGCUUGCAAUGGACAACCUGCUAUCGCCACGUUACUUAAAAUCUAUUGAAUUGAAACCCUCCAUUGAGUUGUUAAGUGACGAAUAUGAGAUUGGUAGACAUUUUGUAGUGCAAAUUAUAUACGGAGAUGAUUAUAAGGAGAGAGCCGAUCUACUGUUUAACACAAUGCAGGAUGCUUGUCAAUUUACGGUGGAACGAACUCCAUUCCAAAAUAUUCAAGAUUUUUUUGACAUCAUACAAAACUUAAAAGUGAGAAUUGAAAAACAAAGAAAACCAGUUGGAGUUUUUGUCAUUGUCUUAUGUCAUGGCAAAGCUGCCGAAGGUGGUCAUUUAUUUUGUGAUAAUGGCGACAAGAUUGCUUUUUCGGAGGUGUGGGAUGAGUUUAUCAAGAUGGAGGCCUUAAAUCGCAAACCCAAGAUCUUUUUAUUUCAGACACAUUUUGUACCCACUCGUGAUGCGUUCGAUGGAGUAAAUAGAUCAAAACGACUCUAUGAUGUUGCUGCUCCAGGCGCAGAUCUAUUCCUGAUCUCUCGUAACAUUGCGAGAAAGUCACAAGAUAAUUUCAUUGAUAAUUUUUGUGAAUAUAUCAGGAGUCAUGGCAAACAAGUUGAUAUUUUUGAACUUGCAACUUUUGCAACUCAUACCGACCGUCCUUUGAUUGUAUCUACAUUAACAGCAAGAUUCUUCUUCCAAAAAUCCGAGACACGUGGCUACACUUAUUCCAUACUUGAAGGUGUGGCUCAAAUUAAAAAAAGAAUACAAGGACAAAUAGGAGGUAACAAUUAAGGAAAUUAAUAUAUGAUUAAUUUAUAUAUUAUAUCUGAAUGAAUAUAAGUAUACACAAAUUA